CAAAAAUGGUACCAGCAGUAACAAAGAAACCCAAAUUAAGUCACACUUAACCCAAAUUUCCUCUCUAAUUACGUCCACAAAACCCAUUUCCCCCUAAUUAAUUCGUCUCUUGUCCAGCAAUUAGGCGAAAAAUUGGGAUAUUACUUGCGAUCUACUAUGAAGGAAAACUUUGUAGGUUUUAAAGAAGCUUCUAUGAUUCUAAAAUUCUUGAUUUUAUACAAAAUGUUUGUCAACCAUUUAGAGGACUUUUUUUAAUGGGUAAAUCUCACUAGUUCUCUGAUUAUACAGAUCCACACUUUUCUAAAAGCUACUAAUAUAAGAAAAAGUAGAAGAUACAGUUCUGUGCUAUCUGUAGUUCUGCUAGUAAAAAUUAAAUGGAGUGGCUAGUAAUUAUCGUUACAUUGGUUGUGCUGUGGGUGGCUUCACUCUUGAAGAUUCUACUAGAAUCUCUGUCUGCCUCACAAGCUGCAAUUUUAAAUGAUGGUGGAGUGUUUGGCAAGAGAAAUGUCUUGUUGGUUAUUGCUCAUCCUGAUGAUGAGUCUAUGUUCUUUACUCCAACCCUUAAUUAUUUGUCUUCGAGAGGAUGUAAUUUGCACAUAUUAUGCAUGUCAACUGGUAAUGCAGAUGGUAUGGGCAAUGUCAGAAAAGAAGAACUUUAUUUAGCCUCGAUUGUGCUUAAGGUUCCACAAAAGCAAGUGAAAGUCCUUGACCAUCCAGAUCUACAGGAUGGUUUUGGCAAAUCAUGGAACUCUAAGUUAUUGUCAAAGAUUAUCAAGGAGGAAAUUGUCAAUAGUGCAAUUGAUUUGGUCAUAACUUUUGAUAAUUACGGAGUCUCAGGUCACUGUAACCAUCAAGAUGUUCAUCAAGGUGUACGAAAACUAUUGCAAGAUUCUUCACAUAAAGAAGUUGACGCCUGGGAGCUUGUGAGUUCUUCCCUUGUCUCAUUACCUGUCGUUAGCACUAACAUAUUGCGCAAGUACAGUGGACCAGUUGACAUAUGGUUGUCGCUCCUAUCUGCCAAGUUUCAUUUAAGUGGAGUGGUGCAUUGCUUGCUAAAUGAACAUCCCAGAAGGACCUUAGCUGCAAUGGCUCAGCACAAGAGUCAGUGGGUUUGGUUUCGCAAGCUAUUUGUUUCUUUCUCAAGUUACACAUAUGUUAACUGCCUUAAGAAGAUCAAUUAGAUACAUGCAAGGUUAUUGGUUCAACAAGACACUUGAAAGGAAGAUCAGCUAGAUGUUGGUUUAACAACACUUAAAUGGGAAUAGUAGGUAAAACCACUCAGUUGAUCAUCUAAGCUGAAGUUCCACAUCUCAAAGUUCCCGGCAGUUUUAGAAUUAUUGGUAAUUGCAGAAAUAGUUAGAACCAGCUUUUUUAGUUUGGUUCCCCACCCGGUGUCCGGUACCUACAUUGCGGUCCGACUUCAUGCUCUUUUUAUUAAAUGCUUCAUGCUUUUGUUUCGGUGAAAAUAUGGUUUUGGUGGCACAAAGCAUAGUUAAUCAAAGACUAGUUUUCCUUUA